AAUCAAGCUGUCUUCAUCAGAUUGGAAAGAUUCUCUUGCUCAAUCCUAUUCUUCUUCUUCUUCUUACAACAUUCUCUCCAAGGAUCUAAUAAGGAACUGGAAGAAAGAAAGAAAAGAAUGAACGUAGAAGAAGAGAUUCAGAAACUGGAAGAAGAGAUCCAUCGUCUUGGUUCUCGUCAGACCGAUGGCUCUUACAAGGUGACGUUUGGAGUCUUGUUCAAUGACGACCGAUGUGCCAACAUCUUCGAAGCAUUGGUUGGGACAUUGAGAGCCGCCAAGAAACGCAAAAUUGUUGCUUUCGAAGGUGAACUCUUGCUUCAAGGUGUUCACGACAAGGUUGAGAUCACUCUCCGACCACCACCACCACAAGCUGCUGCUGCUGCUGCCUCCUCCUAAGUUCCCAUUUUAUAAUCUUUAUAUUCUCUCUGUUUGUGUGUGUGUGUUAAAAUGAUAAAUCUCCAACACCAAUGUUUUUCCUUUGCUUCUCUAUUGGAAGAAUCACGUACAAGCUUUUGAGCUAUUUCUAAAUUCUUGCAUGCAACAAAUAUAUUAACAAGAAAUAUUUCUUCU